AAAAUGUACGCACAUACAGGAGAGAAAAAAAAAAGCAGGACAAUUCGACUCCUCCGGUCCUCCCUUGCCUUGGUCAGUUGGUCAUCUCCGCCGGCUCAACCUCAACGCGGGUAGCACGACCACCACCAGUCCACCACCACGCCCACCUCCCCCUCUCUCCUCCUCUUCUAUAGUCAAACCACCCCCCUCCUUCCACAAACCUUCGCAGAAGGGGCACACCGGCAAGGACGCAGCUUUUUCCCGUCUCCUUCUGGGUUCUACACUUCUACUUCUUUCCCCACCUCGCCUUCGUUCCGCCCGCCACCAAAUCGCGAGGCAGCGGAGCCAGCGACGCCGUUCCUUUCGUUGUGCUUCCUUGGGUUCUUGCUGCCGGCCGCCGGCGAUUUGGCGAGGUCCGUUUGGGCGGCAGGUAGAGGUAGGUAGAGGCGAUCGUUUCUUGGCGGCUGGUGGAAUGGAUAGCCACGCCGCUGUGUCGAGUUCCGUCGGAUCCGGGGAUGGCGCCGCGCAGCCCAGGAGGAACUCCAGGAAGCCCAAGUAUUCCAAGUUUACGCAGCAGGAGCUUCCAGCUUGCAAGCCGAUUCUUACUCCAAAAUGGGUUAUUUCAGUAUUUGUUCUUGUUGGUGUGAUUUUUGUCCCGAUCGGUAUUGUUUCGCUGCGAGCUUCACAUCAAGUUGUCGAGAUCGUUGAUCGGUAUGAUGACGCAUGCAUCCCUGCUAAUGUCACUGAGAAGCUUGCUUACAUCCAGAAUGAUAGUAUACCAAAAACCUGCACAAGAAAUCUGACGAUUACAAAGGAUAUGAAACAACCGAUUUUUGUAUAUUAUCAGCUGGAUAACUUUUACCAGAAUCAUAGGAGGUAUGUCAAGAGCCGUAACGACGCACAACUAAGAGAUAAAAGUAAGGCGAGUGACACUACCAAUUGUGAUCCCGAGGCCAAAACAGUAGAUGGAAAGCCAAUUGUGCCUUGCGGUCUUAUUGCAUGGAGCCUGUUCAAUGAUACAUAUACCCUCAUCCACAACAAUAAAACCUUGAGAGUGGACAAGAAAGACAUCUCUUGGAAGAGUGACAGAGACCACAAGUUUGGGAGUGAUGUCUUCCCCACGAACUUCCAGAAAGGACCUCUUCAAGGUGGAAAAAUACUUAAUCCAAAAAUCCCGUUGAGUGAACAAGAGGACCUUAUUGUUUGGAUGCGGACUGCAGCGCUUCCAACAUUCAGAAAGCUGUAUGGUAGGAUACAUGUUGAUCUCAAGGAAAACGAUACAAUUACAGUUCAGUUGGAGAACAACUACAACACCUAUAGCUUCAGUGGCAAGAAGAAGCUGGUGCUUUCUACUGCAACCUGGAUUGGUGGAAAGAACGAUUUUCUGGGCCUUGCAUAUCUCACUGUUGGUGGAAUCUGCUUCGUUUUGGCAUUUGCAUUCACCUUGCUAUACUUGAUAAAACCAAGGAAAAUGGGAGAUAACAACUACUUGUCAUGGAACAGACCCACUUUAGGUCGCUGAUAUGGUUUUGAAGUUAAAUGUUUACACGGACAACAAAUUCAUUUAUGGUUCAGAUGUAUCUUGUACCACAUCGAAUUUUUAUUCAUGAGCAUUGGUGUAGAAUACAUACAGAGUAGGCAUGUGUAUACGUGCGACAACUUUGGAUCCAUCCUUGCACAGAUUGUACAUUAAACUGAAACAGAUAGCUUUAUGUUCUCCAAAAUUGUAUAAUCAGAAGUUAAUGUCAGUUUCGAUGCUUUGCUCU